AUGGAGCUAGAAAACCUGGAUGUGGACGAAUGGAAGUUGAGGCAUCCAGGCUCCCCAGUAGAAGAUGGCGCUGGAGGGCGAACAAAGGUAGAAGAUUGGUUUCGAACGUUAUCACCUAGCCAACCCGCAGAAAGCCAAGCACCAGAUGGCUGGAUUGAAGAUUAUUUGGCAGAUAGGGUUGAAGUCUCUACACAGCGGUCGACCAAGUUUAAAUCUGCAGAUCUAGAAUUCUACGGUGGGGACCCAAUUGACUGGUUCUGCUGGAUUGAUUUAUUCAAAGUAUUAGUCCAUGAAACCCCAAAGUCCCCUGGGGAGAAAUUGGCGAUUCUGAAAGGACACCUGACGGGAGAAUGCCAAAUGACAGUCAAGACGUUGGGUGGUGGAGAGCCGGCCUACAAAGAGGCCCUGAAGAGAUUGAAGCAAUCAUUUGGAAGACGAGAUGUGUUAAGGGUGGCACAUUUACAAGCUUUGGAGCGCCUGGAAAGAGGAAAUAAUGCAACGGCAUUCCAACGAUUUGCUGAUCGAGUGCGAGCCCAUCUAUUCGACUUGAGUAGGAUAGGCGAGACUGCGCAGCCAGACAUCAUUGAAAAGAUCUGCCGGAAGUUGGCCCAGCCCGACCGACUUGCGUGGAAUGAUAAGAAGCCGUAUGGGGCCAGCGAAACGAGGUCAUUAGAAGAAUUUGCUGAUUGGCUAUGCCAGCGAGCUGCGGCAUACCAAAACGCCUACGAGAUCGUCGCCGAAUCAAGCGCAGAAUCCGGAAAGAAGAAUAGAACCCAGGGUCGAUCGCACCAAACGUCGAUUCAGAUUCAGAAAGAAGGUAAACCAGGUGGAGACUCGCCUAUUAAGAGAACUCCUUUUUGUUAUCAGUGCAAAGGACAACAUCGAUUGACUGACUGCCCAGCGUUUCAGAAGCUGGCGGUUGGAGAAAGAUUCACGUUUGUCCAAACCCACCGAUUGUGUUUCAACUGUUUAGGCGCCAAUCAUUCGGUGAGAUUCUGCAACCAAUGGAAAGAGUGCGGUGUGAACGGUUGCAACCGGCGUCAUCACCAUCUCCUACAUCAUGACGACAAACCAGCUGCAGCUAAGGGAGCAUCAGCCAGAUGCUCCAAAGACGAACUUCAGGAAGAGGUUGCGAUGGGGGUGAUGAAUGUACGAGUCCAAAAUUCCCGAGGAGAGUAUGUGUGGGCCAAUCUGUUCAUCGAUGAAGGAAGUAACACAUCCCUGGCAAGAAGCGACUUCAUUCGGAGUUUAGGAAUAGAUGGAGAGGAUCAGAAAUUAGAGAUGAAAGGAAUCGGGGGAGUCAGCCGCUGUUACAACACAUCCAAAGAAGUAAUCCUGACCGUUAGGUUAUUGACAGGAGGGGAGACCACCAUUAAGGUUUCCACGAUGCCGACGGUAACAGAUCCCAUUCCGUACGUCGAUUGGAACAAACUGAAGACCCGUUGGAAACAUCUCAAAUCCCUACCGAUCAAAUCAGCAGGAGGGCAGGUGGACUUGUUGAUUGGAGUUGAUCAUUACCACCUCAUCGUCCCGACCGAGUCUAGGGUCGGAGAAGAGGGAGAACCGAGUGCAGUAAAAACACAAUUCGGAUGGUACGCUCGUGGAGUCAUCGGAAGCAAGUUAAGAAGACCACCAACUAGCCACACUGUUAGAGCCGUGCGCAGCUAUUCGUUACGAGUCAACGCCGCAUUGGAGAAGGAGCUUCGAGGAUUUUGUGAAACGGAGAAUUUUGGCACUGAAACCCCAAGACUUGUGAUGCCACCCGAAGACGAAAGGGCGGUGAAGAUUGUCGAGGAGGGAACCAGGAAGCUAGAAAUAGGAUAUGAGGUGCCAAUACCAUGGAAGGAAGGAGAACCUUCACUUCCAGAUAACAAGAGGCUGGCGCUUUACCGCUUACAUGAUUUGUUUAAACGGUUUGAUCGAGAUCCGGACUUCAAGGCGGCGUACCAAAUGGCUAUCAAGAAAUACAUCGAUGCGGGAUACGUGAGCGAGGUGGAAGAGGAAGGUGACCCGAUCAGCGCGCAAUACUUCCUAGCCCACCAUGGUGUUUACAAGAAGUCGGCGUCGGAGAGGAAGCUGAGAAUAGUGUUCGACUCAGCGGCCCAAUUCCAAGGAAAGUGUUUGAAUGAUGCGAUGCUGACUGGACCGACACUUCAGAAUAUGCUGCCAUCUGUGCUGAUAAAGUUUAGAGAAGCGGAAGUUGCAUUUACUGCGGACAUCGAGGCGAUGUUUAGUAGAAUUCGAUUGAGACCACAAGAUGCCCGUUACCACCGUUUCCUGUGGCGAGAGGAUGGAUCGUCCGAAAUCAAGACUCUUCAAAUGGAUCGGCUGGCGUUCGGUGACAGAUGCUCUCCAUUUAUUGCAAUCAACACGAUACGAAGGGCGGCCGCAGAUUCCGGUGUCGGGGGAGAAGCGGCAGACGCGGUUCACAACAAUCUGUACAUGGACGAUUACUUGGAUUCAGCCAAGAAUGUGGAUUUAGCAGUUGAGCGGGCCACUGGCGUAAAAGAAAGGCGAUGGGUGUGGAUCCGUCGGAAAAAGAGGAUGACCAUCCACUAUCAGUUCCGGACGACUCCACAAAGAUUCUAG